GCGGAUUUUAACUCUUUAAAAAUCGUCCCUCAUUACCAUCUGAGGGUCUGGAUUUAAUCUCUCGACUUCUACGUUCAUUUGAUAGAGGAGCAGAAGAGAGUAUCGUGCUGGACGUCUAGGUGUUGUUCAACGGACUCGGAGUCUCAUGUUUGAUGAGAGGCUAGUAGCUGCUAUUACCAAUGGAAUCGCUAAGGGAGUUCGAAGCUUCAUGUAUAACCAAAUGUAUCAAGAAAGUCCGAUCACAGCCAUCGUUACCCCCGUCGUUCGACGCUCCCCGCGGAUGUUCCCGUGGAUCUUUGCGUGGAUAUUGCCGUGGGCAUCACUGCACAUAUUCCCAUGGACAUUCUUGCGGAGAUGCUCGCGGGAUACGCUCACAUACUUGAGGCCAUGCAGGCAGCUCUUAGCACAUCUUCGGCAAAAAAGGGGCAGCCUCUUAUGCAGACGUAGACAAACGUAAUGUCGAACUGUGCCAACAACUGCUGCAGCUUUGGAUAUUUAGUCAUAAAUCGACUCUAUCUUCAA